UUAACACAGACGGCCCCCGUCGCCCUUAUUUGGAUUUGUCAGUUGAGAAAUGGCGACGGAGAUGAGCUGUGUGUGGAUGAGACGAAUCCUACUGAGAUCGAACGCUCUACCUCUCCACAAGUCUCCCUCUCAAUCUCUAAAGCAAUCACCACCGCUUCUCAUUCCUCUCGUCUCCUCCCACCGCCUCUCCUUUACCACCGCCACCGCUUGCUCUCUCCCCGACACCCUCGCCUCCGUCGACGACGGUCCCUCCGGUUUCGACGUGCCUCCGUUUAAUUCUCCGAACAAUUUCACUAGAAACUCAAACAAAAGCUCCAAGUUGCUUCUUAAAGGGAUGCGAUACGAUGAGCUGGAGAAAUGGGUUCAAUCACAAGGCUACAGGCCCGGACAAGCUAUGAUGCUGUGGAAGCGUCUCUACGGGAAUGAUGUGUGGGCGCAUCACAGUGAUCAGCUGGAAGGUUUAAACAAGGGUUUUAGAAAGAUGUUGAGUGAGAAUGCUGAGUUUAAGGCAUUGUCUUUGGAGCAAAUAAUUACCGCGGCGGAUGGAACUAGGAAGAUUUUGUUCACUUUGGAAGAUGGCAUGGUGAUCGAGACCGUCGUCAUACCUUCCGAUAGUAGCAGGAAUACUGUUUGUGUUUCGAGUCAAGUGGGCUGUGGCAUGAAUUGCCAAUUCUGUUACACUGGCAGGAUGGGCCUAAGGAGAAAUUUGACUGCGGCUGAGAUUGUAGAGCAGGCUGUAUUUGCGCGUUCCUUGCUCACAAGUGAAGUUGGCGAUAUUACCAAUGUUGUGUUCAUGGGAAUGGGAGAGCCACUUCACAACAUUGACAAUGUUAUUAAAGCUGCAGACAUUAUGGUGGAUGAUCAAGGCCUUCAUUUCAGUCCUCGCAAAAUAACUGUUUCAACUAGUGGGCUUGUCCCCCAGCUGAGGCGUUAUCUCAGAGAAUCUAAUUGUGCUUUAGCUGUUAGUCUGAAUGCAACUACAGAUGAGGUCAGAAACUGGAUCAUGCCAAUUAACCGGAAGUACAAUAUAGGGCUGCUUCUUCAGACUCUUAGAGAGGAAAUUCGCUUCAAGAAUAACUACAAAGUUCUUUUUGAAUAUGUAAUGCUGGCAGGAGUAAAUGAUAGCAUUGAGGAUGCAAGAAGGCUUGCUGAUCUGGUUCAGGGCAUUCCGUGCAAGAUCAACCUCAUCACAUUUAAUCCUCAUAGCGGAUCCCAUUUCAGACCAACCAGUGAUGAGAAAAUGGUGGAGUUCAGAAAUUAUUUGGCCGGGGCAGGCCGUGUGGUUUUCAUGCGGCCGAGUAGAGGCGAUGAUCAGAUGGCGGCCUGUGGUCAGCUUGGCAAACCUGGCGAAAUUCAGGCUCCCAUCCUCCGCGUGCCAGAAAAGUUCAAAACAGCGACCCAGGUGGUAGUGUGAUUGUCUUAACAUCAUCCUCCUGAAGCCUACUGCCGCCUCCAUAAUAAGGAAUUCUAAGCCCCUCAGUGAUAUUCCCACAAGCUAUGCCUUGGCAUUUCUGUGUUGUCCGUCUCAUGGACCUAACCUGGACUGCACGACCGUUUUGUAUCACCAUGGUCAGAAGAUUCAGACUAGAUUUUGUUAGAGGGUUGCAAACCCUGCAUAAACUUGUUUCUGUAUCAGAUUUGUGUACACUAUUUCAUUAGGUGAAUGUGGUUUACACUUUACACCACUCUUAUCCAGUUAUCACCAUUAUUAUUAGAGUCUAUGACACAUAUACUCAUUUGAUUUGUUCCAACACUACAAGUUAACUCUCU